ACUUGUCACCGUACAAACCUCCAAAAGAUUUCUGAUAAAUGCACAAUAUCUUAUAUAUUGAGAAAGCAAUGAAGUCACAACUCUUGUUUUCUCAUUUGGUAUCUAGAUAGUGAAAGUUUCCACUAAAUCCAAGCGCCCAUCUCAAUUCACCAAUCUUUCCUUGCCUUACUUUACUCAUCAUACCGCGACGCGAUCUUCAAGAUGGAACAUACAAAAUUGGAUCUUAACGAUAGAGGGAAAACACAACCACGACGUGCUGGAUUGACCAAGGAUUAUCCUCAUAACCUCUUGCAAUCACCCAAUCGACCAAAGAAGGAAGAACAACCCGCAAUGCCAACAAAAGCAGCAACGACAACCCAUCCCAAUAAUGUCAAGAAUGCUCGAAAUUCUAGCGACGUUGGCGGCGCUCAAAAUGAAGCAUCAUGCAAGCGAAGAAACAAGGGGUCAAAUAAGGAGAAUGAACCCGGGUCAUCGAAGUCCUCUAUGAUGAAGUCAAUUGAAGUUGUGAACGAGGAUGUUGAUCGACCUCCAGAUGAUUCCGACGAUGAUGGAAAUUGUAUCAUCGACUCUUCUGAGGACGAAUCGCCCUCAAGAAUAAGCGCAGAUAUGACGAAGACCGUUUUUGGAUCAAGAAAUCAAAGGUCGAGCCAAACCUCAACCACGUCUUCUUUCCCCACUCCAAAGGACUCAAGGCAGCGGUCAUCCGAGUUAAAAUCAACUCAUGGCAACAAGAGAAAGAAUGAGAACGACUUGGAACAUGAUCCAGUUGUGAAUAUGUUCGGAAACAUGCAGAGCAGCAAUAAGAAGCUUAAAUCAUACACAAAGGAGCAUCCGGAUCAGACCAGAACCUCAAGACCUGGUGCCAAUAAGCUGGCGUUGUUCAAGGACACCAAACCAAAGAACAAACCAAACAAACCCUACAUGUAUGGGAAGAAGAAGAACCCAGCGCCCGUGGACCAUUUCAUACACUACAAAAGUAGAUCUUCAAGUAUGGUCAGCGAUAAUGGAAAGCAAAAGCUUCAAGACUAUACAGUCGACAGCCCAACGAAAACCAAAAGUCCCGUCAGAGGCUUUGUGCGCCCGGAAUUCAGUGAUGACGAUUUUUCGGACUUAGAUUUGUUCGGCAAAUUGAAGAAUUCGAAAUCCACAACCCCAUCAGCGCAACCUAGACUAUUUCAACGAUACGAUGAUGAUGAUGAUGAUAUCUUGGAUGGAGCGGAGGAACUGGCUAAGAAACUAAAUCCGGAUGCCAUUAUCGACAUGGAAGAUCUCGAGAGGGAAGAUAGCUCGGAGAUCGACGAUUACACUGGAUCUCGUUGUCCAAUGUGUAAUGAACCUGUAGCUACUGAAGAUUUGAAGGCUCUCGGAAAGAUGAACACUAGGAAGCAAGAGAAAUUUUGUUUAUCUCAUCAACGAAAAAGCGCGCGAUCAAAUUGGAAAUCUAAAGGGUACCCUGAUAUCGAUUGGGAAACUCUGGAUUCUAGAAUUUCCAAUCAUCAUGCAUUUAUCGAGAAGAUAAUAGGAGGCGCAACUUGUCAUUACAGAGAAGUGUUCGAUGAAAAGGUCAAAGCUGGAAAAGAUCGAAAUUUGAUGAAGAGUUCCACGAAUCUUAUACCUGGCUAUUAUGGUUCUCGAGGUCUACGACUAAUUUCCGAAAAUAUCAUGCACGAGUUUACGCCAUUGUUAAAGUACAGAGCACCUCUCGACCGUCUUAUCGCAGCAAGAAGCACGGCUGCAUUUGUUGACUCAGUUGUCGUGCCUGAAGUUACAGUUUUGCUGAUUAAGGAAGAUAUGAAUGUCUCCGACGAGGAAGCCAGGACAAUAUUGACAGAUAGCUCUGAGAUGGGAGAUUUGGUCAAUGAGGAAAUCAAGGAUGUUGUAACACUUAAGCCGGAGGACAAGUUGGUCGUUAGCAACAGUGACGAUGAUGAUAACGAUCUCAACUUUUAGCUGCUACGAUGUAGCUCGGAUUUUGGUUACAACUUUACUUAAGCUUGCAGAGCUUCCAGAAUUGUAUAACAGCUCAAGCUGAGUAUGUAUGUGUAUUCCUUGUGUUUCAUGAUGGGUCAACCGUAUUGCUUUCGAGGGUUGGAGAUAAAUCGGGCUGGCAAUUUGGCUGUUGUACAUGGAUUGGAGUUAUUGACGGGAUGAGACAAGAUGAAUAGAGAAAGAUGAAGAAAGGAGUAUACCAUAGCAUUCAGCUUGUGCACACUGUAAGAUAUAUAGAUACCCAUUCAAUGUUU